AUGAUCGACUGCCGAGAAGUAUUAUUAGACUAUAGCCCCAGCGAAGACCCUACGGGAGCGGAGCUAACAAACCACAUGGGACUUGACGCUUCUGGAGCUCUGGCUACUGGCAGGGCUGUCGUCCGCAUCACGAUCACUUACGUGCACCAUUUCCAGGACCCUGCUCUGGAACAGGCCAUCAGGAGGGUCGUGCAGCAUUCAAUUCCCACCCUGCGCGAGAUCGCCAUCCGCGGGUACCCCACAUGGACCGGACGCGCCAGGGUAGGCGCCAUCCUCGGGGAGCUCGUGCCCCUCUCUGCCAAGCGCCACCGCGUGGCCCCGCGGCUCGCACGGGUACACCUGGUGGACGGAGCCACGGGCGUCGCGAAGGCCGGCAGGGCGGUGGCAGCCGGUCUGUGGCCGGCCCUGGAAGUGCUCACCUUCUCGCACUGCCGGGCGAACGCGGGCCACUUCCGCGACCUGGCGCGCGGGCUCCGCUCGGGGCUCGCCCCGAGGCUGCGGGUGCUAGGGUGGGACGACCAGUCCAGCGUCAGGGACGUCGCGGUCGAUGACGUCAUCCUCGGCGCGCUGUCCUGGGGGCAGUGCCCACUCGUGGAACGCCUCAGCUUCACGGGAAACCGUUUCUGCCCGGAGCACAGAAUCAGAUACCUGGAGGAGAUGUUGUGGGUCUGCCCUCGCUUGCGAGAGCUGCGCAUGGACUGCAGCCGCACGCCUCACCAUCAGCUGAGCGUCCUGGCGGGCGCCCUGGCAGGAGGGCACGUGCCACGGUUGGAGCGGCUUCUCGUUAGGGCAACGGCGCGCUACUACCGUGACAGCGACGUGGAGCUGCUGGCGCUGAAGCGGGCCGCGGCUUCGAGGAGCCCUCCCGUGGAGCUCGAGUUACAGAUCAAGACGCUACUGAAACAAUAA